AUGGUUCUGCGACGCUCGAAGGGUUACCAAGACAUUGACGGUAGCACAAGUUCGGCCCCAAACCCCCGAGCAGAAUUGCCCACUGCCGAAAAUGGGCUUCCUCAAGAUAUUGAAAUGGCUUCAGUCUCUGUUGUCCCUGAUGAUACGUACACCGUGACUCAGGCCGUCAAUGCGUUGGGUUUUGGAUGGUUUCAAGUGAAACUCUCCUUAUGGACUGGCUUGUGUUGGAUGGCUGAUAGCAUGGAAAUGACAAUAUUAUCAAUCCUCUCACCUGCACUCCACUGCGACUGGCACAUUUCUAGGUACCAGCAGGCCCUAACCACAACCGUCGUGUUCUUAGGAAUGAUGUUAUCGUCUACUUUUUGGGGCAACUUGAGCGACAGAUACGGACGCAAACAUGCCCUAACGUUGUGUGCGGUUUUGUUGUUUUAUUACGGUUUGUUGAGUUCUAUUGCACCUAGUUUUAUGUGGAUCUUGCUGUUGAGAGGUCUUGUGGGCUUUGCGAUCGGUUGUACGCCUCAAUCUGUUACGCUUUAUGCCGAGUUUUUACCCACAAAACAGAGGGCAAAGUGUGUUGUUUUGCUUGAUUGUUUUUGGGCACUGGGUGCAUGUUUUGAGGUUGCGCUCGCGUUAGUUGUUAUGCCCACGUUAGGUUGGCAGUGGCUGUUGGCUCUCUCAACCGGGCCUUUGUUGGCUUUUGCUUUAGUUUGCCCUUGGCUGCCUGAGUCCGCAAGGUUUCACGUAGCGAGUGGCCAAACUGAUAAAGCUUUGGAAACUUUAGAAAAAAUUGCUAAAGAUAACGGUAAACCAAUGCUGCUUGGGCGGUUAGUGGUGGAUGAUGCCACCACUUCAUCGCCACACAGAGGGCGCUUUAGAGACUUGCUAGUGCCUUCUUUAAGGAGGACAUCACUUCUCUUGUGGUUUAUAUGGAUGGCUUGCGCUUUUUGUUAUUAUGGUUUAGUUCUUAUGACGACGGAACUUUUUGAAACUUCCAGUAUUUUAUGUUCUGAUAUUCCACUGCCUUCGCAGACUCUUGAUACGUGCGCAGCUGACUGUAAACAAUUACAAACCACUGAUUAUAUGGAUUUAUUGUGGACUACAUUGGCUGAAUUUCCGGGCAUUUUUAUCACAAUUUUUACUAUUGAAAGAUUCGGACGUAAAAAAACCAUGGCUGUACAGUUCGUAGCUUACGCAAUUUGUUGUUGUUUCCUUAUGGUGUGUUCAGAAAGGCGUGUUUUUUUAACUGUGAUGUUAUUUCUAGCCCGCGGUAUUAUCGCGGGAGUUUUUCAGGCUGCCUAUGUCUACACUCCUGAAGUGUACCCAACUUCUUUACGUGCUGUUGGAGUUGGUUCUUGUAGCGCUAUGGCUAGGUUAGGCGCCAUGGUAACACCAUAUGUGGCUCAGGUUUUGUUGAAAAGUUCAAUUUCUUUUGCCACAAGUGUUUACACGGUGGCUGCAAUUUUGGCUUCUAUAGCCUGUCUGGUCCUACCUUUCGAAACUACUGGUAAAGAAUUGACCGAGAACGUACAACAGCAUGCUAAUGCUAAUGUGAGAACAAAUAAUACAAAUUAGAGUUAGUUGCAAGACUGUUCAGUAUUACACUGUGGUAUUUAAACUAAUGAUAUUAAACCAAAGUACUUAAUGCUUAUGCACUUUACCAUUUACUUACCAAUUUUGUUGACGAAUAUUGAUAUUUAUUUAUUAAUUUAUUUAUUUGUGUUAAUAUUUAAUUUAUUGUAGUUGUAAGUAGCAUCAUGGUGCUGGUUAUUUUGUAAUUUUUGCUUAUACAUAAAGAAUAAUAUACGUAUACAAACCAUUAA